UGGUAGUGCGGGGAAGCAUACUGGCGGGCUGUGGGAGAAGUUGGAACGAUAUGGAUUUUGGCCGACAUUUUGCAAAUCUUUUCAUCAAUUAAACAUUUAAUGUCAAUACAAUUUCUGUUCCCAAAACUAGAAUCUGUUAUGAACGGGACGGACUAAGUUUUGUAGCUUUACCAUUUUCAAAAGUUUGUAAAAAUCGAGUUGUUUAGGCGUUCCGUAAAGGAAAUAUGCAGAUGUUAACUAGAACGCGCCAAUAGGGUAUUUCUAGCGCGUGCUUGGCUCUGCUCCUUGCUUGUUCUGCCCUCUCUGACUCAUUUGUUGUUAUUGGAAAUGACAAGUUCUGGUCUAUCUUGGUUUCCUUAAAAUCUUUGGCUCCUGCAAUCAUUUUGAGACUGCAGCGCGGGUUGUAUGGUUGAUGUCCAGUUAUUUCCAACCCACAUUUUUUAACAAAGUCUCACUCUCUUCUUGAUCUUGUAUUAGGAUCUAGGACUAAAAAAAGCCUCUGGAAUCAUGAGUAAAGUGCAAGGUGGGAUGAAAUGCGUGAAAUAUCUCCUUUUCGUUUUCAACUUCAUAUUAUGGCUGUGUGGCUCAUUUGUGUUGGCAGUGGGAUUAUGGCUGAGGUUUGACCCAGAGACAGUCCAGCUCCUGACUGGAGAGGAAGCGCCUGAGACCUUCUUCAUAGCCGUGUACAUACUGAUUGGUGCAGGUGGGGGAAUGACGCUGGUGGGAUUCUUUGGUUGCUGUGGAGCUGUGAAGGAGUCACAGUGUCUCCUUGCGUCGUUCUUUGCCUGUCUUCUUGUAAUCGUUGGUGCAGAGGUUGCUGCAGGUGUGUUUGGAUUCAUGAGCAAAGACAAGAUCAUUGAAGAUAUUCAAAAGUUCUACAGUGAAUCUAUUUCAGAAGGUUCUGAAAAUGCCAACCGGACGGCAAUAGCAGCAAUUUACCACACUGUUCUGAAUUGUUGUGGGGACUCCGUGACUAACCCGUCUCUGUGUCUUCCUGGUGAUGAAGACCUAAAGAACUGUCUGAAUGCAAUAACGGACUUUUUCAAUGAAAAGCUCUACAUUAUCGGAUAUGUGGGGAUUGGUGUUGCAGGUGUAAUGGUCAUUGGUAUGAUCUUCAGUAUGGUCCUCUGCUGUGCAAUUCGGAACAACAGGGAGGUGAUCUAGAAAGACCCAGUAGCUACAGCCUUACCCCUCCCACCCUGCAGGCUUAAUACCGACUCACCAGCCCUUUAUAAUCACAAUGCCUGAACAAGGAGGGUACAUCACAUCUGGGAUGGAGGACAGGGGAGCCCUUUUUAACACAAACAUUCAAGUCCCAAUUUAGUGAUACGGGUGUGAUAUCACACACUGAAAUGUUGACAGGGAUUUCCCCGUCCCCUGGACAGAGGCAGUUAGACCAGAACCCCUCUCUCUCCUCUGGCAUCUCGGUGACCUGAAUAACUGGCCUCUUACUGCACUCCUCUCCAAGCACAACGUGGCUCAGCAUCUGGCACUACUCUGAGACAUCCCCCAUGGUUCUCAUCUUCUAACACUGCCAUGUUCAUGUACUGUCUUCCUCUUUGACGCAGGAACGUGAUGGCUGAGGAGCAUUGCUGUAUACAAACUCCUUUGUGUGCUGUUUUUAACAUUAUUUAUUCAAUGUCUUGUAACCUCAGUUCAAGGGUUAAUUUUGUGUACAGAGCUACUGUAGUCGUACGUUGUCUGCUUGUAAAGUUGUAUUUAGGUCAGUAAUCUUAACUUCAGUCAUUGAGUUUUACAUAACUGUUGUUGGGACUUGCACCUACUGCAUGCAUCAUACCUACUGUAUGCAUCAUUACUCACUAAAUGUCUCAAAUGUGUAUCUUUGUAUAGACAAGCCCAAGCAAUCUAUUCCUACCACAGCUGCAUAUUCUAUUAUCAAAUUGUAUGUUGUUUUUCUUUGCUUGGCCCAUCAGCAUAGUGUUGCUCUGCUACAAGCAGACCCUGCACCUUGUUUUGGAAAAGAGCUGAUUUCAACUUGACAAACAUUCUGAAGAACUUUUGUCAUUAAUAUUCUGUGUCAGGAAGCAGCUACAUUUUAUGAAGCACUGUACUGUCAUUAUUUUAAUGUCCAACCUGAAGUCUGGAUGUUCAAGCCUUUUUGCAGUGUCCUGGGCGAGGCCUCAGAGAACACGUGUGAACUGUUCCAGUGAGUUAGUGUAUAUUUUUGAAUGAAUCUAGUGGGUGUUAAUAUUGUUUGCACACAGUUGGCCCACACGGUUGUAGAUCCAGGUUAUGUAUGCUAAUAAUGUCAAACAAAAAAGACAUUGAACGCUUUUAUUUUAUCAGCAUGUCCAUUUGGUAAAAUGAGAUCUGUUUUUAUCCUAUUUAAAUGUUCAUGGAUCUCCCGUGAGAAAGCUAAAAGAAAUUAGACUAUUUAACCUAGUUAAUAGCAGAAAGCUAUUAGCUGUAUUUGACAAACAUUAGGAAUGUGGGGGUCAGUUGAUUGUUCACCCAUCUGCAACCGCCUGACUAUAUGUGAUAAUGGUCAAAUCUGAUGCCCGACCCCAACCAGCAAAUAUAGAAAAUGCACUGUACAGUUCCCAUUUUUCGCUUGAACAUUUAUUUAUUGACAAAUUAAGUUUUAACAUACAGGUGACCCCAAAGCUUAGGUUUACGCACUAAUGCCAGGUAAAAAAUAAUGAAAAACCGGUAACACUACCGGACACCCAGCAUCAUAACACAUUAUGAAACGGUCAUAAUAACCAUGUCAUAAUAUGUCAUAACAGCUGACAAAACUUGUUAUGACACAUAUAUUUGAACCUGUUGUGACAUAUAUUGCAUUAUUUUAUGGCUGGUUAUGACACCUACAUAAGUGUGUCAAAACCUACCACACAACGCAAAACAUUCCAUUACACCAUAGCCUACUCUUCAACAGCAUGUUUAUGUUAUAUAACAUUUUCUGAAAUUGGGCACACAUUGCUGUCAGACUAGCACCUACCCAGACUAGCACCUACCCCAAUGCUCUCUUUCUGAUGACAGGGAUGAACGCAGGAACAGAUUUCAGGAGCAGGACAAGACACCCUCUUUUUGACUGAUGACUGACAUAAGGGCAUGCACAUGACAGGCCUGUCUGGUUUAUAUGAUUAUGAUGGUCAUAAUGAUUCUUGUAUUAUGAAAAAAACAUGACUGUAAAUAAUUCAUCACAACAACAAAGGACUUAAGAAACAAACUUUCAAACAAAAGGAAACUUCUUGGCAGGGAAAAAACACAUCUGAAUAAAUAUGGGUUUUAAUAUGGA